GUGACACCGCUAGCUAUGCUAGCUGAUGCGUGUGUACAAUAUUUUCAUUCACAGUUAUCCGCAGGUUUCGUCGGUUGUAUGAUGAAAUUUCUACUCAUACGAGAUGUAUUCGUAGCAGAGUUGGCUUGUUUAAGCGAAUAAUAAUCCUUCAACAGCGGUGUUAGCAAAGAAACGAGGACAAAAUGUGGCCUACAAGACGAUUUCUGAAAUACAGCCUUAUCGGCGGUUCCUUGGUCGGUACCGCGUUGAGUUUGCAUGCAAACGAUUAUGAUAUUAACUCGAUAGGCAUCGUAAGGUUGGGCCGAGCAGGAUUAACCGUUUUUGACAUUGCUGCCACCUACAAAGCAAACCUAUACAAACAGGAAUGGCCCGAUAAAAAAGAUCCCGCCUAUCUAAAGUUGAAAAGCGAGACCCACAAAUUGGCUGCUGAAAAGCUGCUGGAGCUGUGUCGAUCCAAUCGAGGCGUGUACAUAAAGGUAGGUCAGCACAUUGGAGCAUUGGAAUACUUGCUCCCCUAUGAGUACGUACACACUAUGAAAAUUUUACACAGCAACGCCCCACAGAAUCCCAUAGAAGACCUAUAUAAGGUAAUCCGACAAGAUCUGAAAGUGAAUCCGGAGGAUAUUUUCUCAUCCUUUGAUCCAGAGCCGUUAGGGACAGCGUCGCUAGCGCAGGUUCACAGGGCCACGCUUAAAAAUGGUACUGAGGUGGCUGUGAAAGUACAGCAUCCAUACGUGCGAGGGAACUCAGUUGUAGACAUCAAAACAAUGGAAACUCUGGUCAAAAUAGUUGGAUGGACCUUUCCCGAUUUCAAGUUCCAGUGGUUGGUGAAGGAAACAAAACGAAAUCUUCCCAUUGAAAUGGAUUUCGAGCAUGAAGGGCACAACGCUGAGAAGGUAGCGGAAAUGUUCAAAGACUAUCACUGGCUAAAGAUUCCGAAGAUCUUUUGGGAAUAUACUACCUCCCGAGUUUUGGUGAUGGAAUUUGUUCAAGGUGGACAAGUUAAUGACUUGGAUUACAUCCAGAAGCAGAAACUAGAUCCGUACGACAUCGCUAAUAAGAUAGGUCAGCUCUAUGCGAACAUGAUAUUCCUAAAAGGAUUCGUCCACAGUGACCCUCAUCCGGGCAAUAUAUUGGUAAGAAAAGGCAACAAGGGAGACACCGAAGUGAUACUAUUAGAUCACGGACUGUAUGCCGAUUUAACGGAAAAAUUCCGAUAUGAGUACUCGAAGCUGUGGCUUAGCAUAUUGAAAGUGGACCAAAUGGGAAUGAAGAAGCAUGCUCAUGCUCUAGGCGUCGAAGGCAGUAUGUGGGGUUUGUUUGCAUGCAUGGUUACCGGACGGCCGUGGAACUCCGUCAUUAGUGGUAUCGAUAGGGUUAAACAAGAUGAAAGCGAGAAAGAGAUGAUUCAAAAAGAGGGUAAACUGGUUAUUCCACACAUUUCGGACGUACUGGAAAAGGUCGACCGACAGAUGCUGCUAGUACUGAAGACGAACGAUCUGAUCCGGGGAAUCGAAACGACGCUCAAAACUCAAAAUAGAAAGACCGCCUUCUGGGUGAUGAGCAAGUGCUGCAUCAAAAGCGUCGGCAAUCGGGAAUACCUGGAUGCAACUGAUCCAUGGCGGAAGCUGUCUACCUGUCUCCGGGAGAAUUGGGCCAUUCUAAAGUUAAACUUGUACUACCUGUACCGCGGUUUGAUGAGUUUACAUUUGCUUUCAGCGCUGAAAAUGAUAUUUUGAGCGUAGGAACGUGACAACGUGCUUUUGUAUCAGAGGGCACUUUUCGGGUGUUGGUAAUAGAUAGGCUUAUAAUACAAUUUCCGAAAGCUACGGGGCGUGUGCAUUGAGUACUGAUUGUUGCUUUUGACUGUUUUAAACGUCAUUGUAUUAGUUGUUAAUUUCUUGUAGACAAACAGGGAUACAAAUAAAGUUAUUGAGUAUAUUUUGCGAGAAUAUUGAAAUGAA